AUGAGUCAGUGGCUGCGUUCGGAGUAUCCCUGGCUACGACUGGGUCGCAACGCUCGCACUGUCGCCAGUCAGCCCCUGGAACGGCUGGCUAGUCUCAGCAAUCUGCUGCGGACCGGCAAGGAUCCCGCCUCCAUCAGCGAUCUUCAGUCUGCCCUGAACGAGUGCUUCCCCCGCACCACCUACUAUCGGGUGAUCCUUCAACAGCUGCUGCUGGACCACCUGCCCCCUGAGCAGCAUCGGCCCACCGAGUGGAUUGUCGGUCGGCGGAAUCAUCAGCGGCGAAAGCUCGUGUCGGUUCCUCCCGUUGUGGGCAGCGGCGAUGGUGGUGGUACUGAUCCUCCGCCCUCCUCCGCCGCCCUGCUCGUCAACGUGGGUCGCGGCCCUCAAACUGGGGCGCACGUGGAUGAACUUCGAGGCAGCGGAGAGUCCUUUGUGUCAUAUACACGUUGGUGCCUUCAGAGACUCGGCCUUGAGGAGCUCUCCGACUCAGUGAGUGGAGGGUGGAAAUUUUUUUCAUCGACAGUUUUUCUGUUUGCGCGCGCGUGUGGUUAUAAAACUGGCCACGCUGAGCCAAAACAGAGGCUAGUUCGGAGUUCGACAGGUGGUAUUUAGGAUGCACACCCGCAACAAAUGCCAACACUGGGGCGCGGUGGCAGAUCCGGUUGCAGGCGCACAUCACGCCAAUUGGGAUCCCUGCCGCGCCCUCAUUUUUAUUGGUGUAUAAAAUCUAGGUCAACAAAUAUUGUUGAUUGGGCAUGUGGUGGUGGGCCUAGGUGCGGGUUCUCGCCGUGCCAGCCACCUGUGCCCUCUCCCGCCUCUGGUCUUCUCGACUCCGUUUUCAAAUCGGGUUAGUUUGGGGGAGAAGAAAGUACGGUAGAUGCUGCACAAGUGCACUAUCAUUAUUAACUACCUUACGCGCAUGUCGCCGUCCUUGCUCACGCCCUGCUGUGCAGCAUGCGGUGGACAUCAUCGGUCACGACGAUCGGACCGUCGUGUGUCUGGUUUAGUCCCCAAAAGUGAGUGACGGUGUUUUACCAAGCCCAAGAUAGGGCAAAAAUUUUGGUGCUAGACAAGUGUCUGAGUAAACUCUUUUUGUGUAGAUUGAGGAACCAGCACAUGACUGCCAUUCAAGUGACGAGACUGGUAGGCCUGAUCGACUAGUGCUUCGAAUCCCGUCUUGGAAUGAGCCCGUUACUGUACACUACCUGCCCACCGACACAAACUAUCACAACAUUUAAACUAACUUAAGAACAGUCUGGAUUUUCUGCCAAUUUUGGCCUCUGGAACUCUUUAUCAAUCGUAGGGUGUAUCCAACUUUUGCCGGUAUCGUCAAUAUUGGCGUCGAACGAUUUUACACGACUACUGACAAUAUUUAAGUAGCCUCUUUUGAGCACUGUCUCGGCUCAAUGGUAGGGCGGUCUCUACGUGCUUAGGUCAACCACCCGUCUAUUACCUAAAAGGGGAAUAAGACAACUACUCGGUCUUCUUCGGGCAUUUCCUUCUGGAGACUAGCAUUUUCAUGACCACUUUGUCACAGACUAUUGCUUGGGCCAGCUGCCACCGUUAGGUUUGACUGUCGUUCUGCAAAACCUUACCCCAAGUUCCCUUUUUUUCACAGCUGACAGACGACUUUAUUGCCGCCUACCCCUCUCGUUUUCCGGGAUUGGAGUCCAAGGUACACUGCCACUACAUGAUGCGUUGCUGUUUUGGGCCAGUUGUUGAGGCCUGCAUCCUUCUGGAUCGCGUACUCUUCCUCCUCGAGGCUGGUCGAGAACACUCCCUGCCAGUCACCGCCAGGCUGGUUCGCGUUUUCGAUCCGCUAAUUUCACCACGCUGUCAUGCCAUUGUGGCCACAAGAUAG